AUGACAGCCGACGAAGAUAGUAUUGAAGGAUUCUCAUUCUUCACUUAUAUAUUUCAAGCUAUCUGGCCUACUGGAGGUAGUGUACCGAACGACGUCACCAUCUCUUCUCCCAGAACGUCCAAAUCCAGCACGUCAACUGCAUCCGAACGUGCUGACCUCAAACGCAGGGAGGUGGAUGGUACCCCGCUUACCACAAAUGGAGAUGAAGGGAAUACAUCAGAGUGUAGUGGCAAGUUGAGGAUCGUACCCAGUGAUGAUGUUAUCUUAAGACUGAAAUAUAAAGGUAGAACAAUAAGAGUCAAAACCAGUAUUGAUAUCCAAUCGGGGGAUUCGAAAUACGACAGAGAACGUAGAGUCAUGACCUUAUCCACAUUCCUCGGAACUCAUUCCCUCUUCACAUCACUCAUAAACACCGCUCGCAAAGAAUUCGCCAUAUCCACCCGAUCAAUCAUCACCAUCUACACACCUUCACUAUCAGCCAAUCCGAGCUGGGGGAACGCGUCCUAUCGACCAAUCAGACCUUGGCACUCGGUCAUCUUACCUACAGGUCAAAAAGAAUGGCUGUACAACGAUGCCAAAGAGUUCCUGGCUGAGAAAGAUUUUUAUCUGAAGAGGGGUGUGCCACAUCGAAGAGGGUACUUGCUGUAUGGUGAGCCAGGUAGUGGGAAAAGUAGUUUGAUCGCUGCGCUAGCUGCCAAACUCAAGCUGGACAUCCACGUAGUGAAUUUUGGUGCUAAGCAAACGGACGACGAUAAGCUGAACACGUUACUCCAAGCAUGUCCUACAAAGUGUAUCUUGUUGAUGGAAGAUAUCGAUUGUGCAUUCAGAUCGCGUGAACUAUCAGAAGACGAGAGCUCAGAGACCUCCGAUUCGGAACAAGUCGUCAUCAAAAACUCUCAUAUGAAAUCUGGCAAACCAACUAAGUCCAAGUCUACGAAACACACCCCUUCUGGGACAGUAUCAACCGGUGUCACCUUGUCUGGGCUUCUGAAUGCUUUGGACGGAGUCACGAGCUCUGAGGGGAGAUUACUGUUCUGCACGACCAACUGGAGGAAGAAAAUUGAUCCUGCUUUGGCUAGACCUGGGCGUUGCGAUAUCUGGAUCGAGUUCAAGAAUGCCACUUGCCAACAGGCUCGAGAUCUAUUUAUCCAUUUCUACGACGCAAGGCAUACUUCUUCUCCCAUCAUCACCGCCACUUCAAGGUCAGGUGAGCCUCUUACACCGGAACAAGCCAAACCCGAAAAUGAAAAUGAAAAAGCCAACAUCGAGAACAAUCCGGAUGCCGAGCCUCCGAUAGACUCCCCAGAGCAAGAUGUUGAUCCCUCGAUUUCUCUUCCUGAAGUAGAGACGCCUGCCGCACAAACAGAUAUCUUCAGUUUAGCGGAAACUUUUGCGACGAUCAUCCCAGAAGGUAAAGUAUCUGUAUCUUCUCUUCAAGGAUACCUGAUGAGGUAUAAGUGGACACCUCUUGAUGCUGUUGAAGCAGCUUCGAGAUGGGGAGAAAGUGGAUUCGAUCAAUGGCCGACGAUCACACUUAAAGAGGGAAAGGUGGACUUGCAAGAUAUGAGACUUGAAGGGUGGGCUACGGAUACCUUAGUCGAAGGAGGUAUGGACAGAAAAAUAGGAAGAUAG